CCUUUCCAAACAUGGCGGGCGGUGAGGUGGGAAAGGAGGCGGCCUUGGCGGACGGGUGAGGAGACUUCCGGGGCGGGGCAUCGCCUCAGUGGUGCAAUGAAGGGAUGAGGGACGAACAAAAGGAGCCGAAAAGCCGAAAACGACGGAGGUGCUGCUCCCAUGGCGCUUGGGGAAGGAGCAGCGCGGGAUCCGGCGCAUCGAAGCUCUGUUGAGCGGCAUCACAGACGGAUGAAGUGGAGAUAGCGGCGAAUCGGUCCUCUUCCUCUGGUGAUGACGGACUUGGGGAACCAUGAUUCCGGUCACCGAGUUGCGCUACUUCGCCGACACCCAGCCGGCCUACCGCAUCCUGAAGCCCUGGUGGGACGUCUUCACGGACUACAUCUCCAUCGUGAUGCUGAUGAUCGCCGUCUUUGGCGGGACGCUGCAGGUCACCCAGGACAAAAUGAUCUGCCUGCCCUGCAAGUGGGUCACCAAGGACGCCUGCAACGACUCCUCCCGCGAGUGGGCGCCCGCCAAGCCGGACCCGGGAUACUAUAACUCCUCGCUUGCCGUCCCGGCCGACAUUGGUCCAACGGGGAUCAAGUACGAGCUGGACCGGCACCAGUACAAUUACGUGGACGCCGUCUGCUACGAGAACCGUCUCCACUGGUUCGCCAAGUACUUCCCCUACCUGGUGCUGCUCCAUACCUUGAUCUUCUUGGCCUGCAGCAACUUCUGGUUCAAAUUCCCCCGGACCAGCUCCAAACUGGAGCACUUUGUCUCCAUCCUGUUGAAGUGCUUUGACUCUCCUUGGACCACGAGGGCUCUCUCGGAGACGGUGGUGGAGGAGAGCGACCCCAAGCCGGCCUUCGGGAAGAUGAACGGCUCCAUGGACAAGAAGGCCUCCACCGUCAGCGAGGACGUGGAGGCCACGGCGCCCAUGUUGCAACGGACCAAGUCCCGGAUCGAGCAGGGCAUUGUGGACCGGACGGAGAACGGCGUCUUGGACAAGAAGGAAGGGGAGCAGGCCAAGGCCCUCUUCGAGAAGGUCAAGAAGUUCCGGACACACGUGGAGGAAGGGGACAUCGUCUACCGCCUCUACAUGCGGCAAACCAUCAUCAAGGUGAUCAAGUUCAUCCUCAUCAUUUGCUACACGGUCUAUUACGUCAACAACAUCACCUUCGACAUCGACUGCAAGGUGGACAUCGAAAGCUUGACCGGCUACCGCAUGUACCGCUGCGCCCACCCUCUGGCCACCCUUUUCAAGAUCCUGGCCUCCUUCUACAUCAGCCUGGUGAUCUUCUACGGCCUGAUCUGCAUGUAUACUCUCUGGUGGAUGCUCCGGCGGUCGCUCAAGAAGUACUCCUUUGAGUCCAUCCGAGAAGAGAGCAGCUAUAGCGACAUCCCCGAUGUCAAGAACGACUUUGCCUUCAUGCUCCACCUCAUCGAUCAGUACGACCCGCUGUACUCCAAGCGCUUCGCCGUCUUCCUCUCCGAAGUGAGCGAGAACAAGCUCCGGCAGCUGAACCUCAACAACGAGUGGACGCUGGAGAAGCUGCGGCAGAGGAUCACCAAGAACUCCCAGGACAAGCUGGAGCUCCACCUCUUCAUGCUCAGCGGCAUCCCAGACACCGUCUUCGACCUCAUCGAGCUGGAGGUCUUGAAGCUGGAGCUCAUCCCAGACGUCACCAUCCCGCCCAGCAUCGCCCAGCUGACCAGCCUCAAAGAGCUGUGGUUGUACCACACGGCGGCCAAGAUUGAGGCCCCGGCCUUGGCCUUCUUGCGGGAGAACCUCAAGUCCCUGCACAUCAAGUUCACCGACAUCAAGGAGAUCCCGCUGUGGAUCUACAGCUUGAAGACACUGGAGGAGCUCCACCUGACAGGGAACCUGAGUGCCGAAAACAACCGCUACAUCGUCAUCGAUGGCUUGCGGGAGUUGAAGCGGCUCAAGGUCCUGCGUCUGAAGAGCAACCUGACCAAGCUGCCCCAGGUGGUGACAGACGUCGGGGUCCACCUCCAGAAGCUCUCCAUCAACAACGAGGGCACCAAGCUGAUCGUGCUCAACAGCCUGAAGAAGAUGGCCAACCUGACGGAGCUGGAGCUCAUCCGCUGUGACCUGGAGCGCAUCCCACACUCCAUCUUCAGCCUCCACAACCUGCAGGAGAUCGACCUCAAGGACAACAACCUCAAGACCAUUGAGGAGAUCAUCAGCUUCCAGCAUCUCCACCGCCUCACCUGCCUCAAGCUCUGGUACAACCACAUCGCCUACAUCCCCAUGCAGAUCGGCAACCUCACCAACCUGGAGCGCCUCUACCUGAACCGCAACAAGAUCGAGAAGAUCCCCACCCAGCUCUUCUACUGCCGCAAGCUGCGCUACCUGGACCUCAGCCACAAUCUCCUGACCGCCAUCCCGGCCGACAUCGGGAUGCUCCAGAACCUGCAGAACCUGGCUGUGACGGCAAACCGGAUCGAGGCCCUGCCGGCGGAGCUCUUCCAGUGCCGCAAGCUGCGGACGCUGCACCUGGGCAACAACGUGCUGCAGUGCCUGCCCUCCCGGGUGGGGGAGCUGGCCAGUCUCUCGCAGAUCGAGCUGCGGGGCAACCGCCUGGAGGGGCUCCCCGUGGAGCUGGGCGACUGCCCCCUCCUCAAGCGCAGCGGCCUGGUGGUGGAGGAGGACCUCUUCAACACCCUCCCGCUGGAGGUCAAGGAGCGGCUCUGGAGGGCCGACAAGGAGCAGGCCUGAGGCCCAAGGGGGGGACCGUGACCCCGGAUGGGCAGACGGAUGGACAGACCCGGAGCAGGAUGGCGAGUGGAGCGCCGGGGGGACCUCUUGCUUCUCCUUUCCCCCCUGGAAUUGCUCUCCCGGGUGGGAUUGAGUCCUGCGUCCCUUCGGACUGAAGAACGACCAGAUAUGAUGUGUAGGAGAAGAAACCGUUGUUCUGCUGCUUCUCAUAUCCAGAAGCUCCCAUUUUGUAAUUGGAAGGACCCUCCAAAGAAUGAAAGCAGAUGCUGGCGUAUCUUGGUGGUCCUUCGAAACGACUAGAUGUCUGCGAGAACCUGCUUCUUCUCUUCCCCCAUCUUGCAAAUGGAAGAGCCAGGAAUUGUCCGGAACGUUUUGGAAGCAGGUCGGAUCGAGAGAUAGCCUUCUUUCAGAUCGAAGGACCCUCCAAAGAAUGAAAACGGAUGCAGCCAUAUCUUGGCGGUCCUUCCACACCACCCGAUAAUUACAAGAAACCGUCUUUCUGCUUCUUCUCACCCAAAAGCUCCCACUUUGUAUUUGGAAUAAGCAGGAACCGCCAGGAAUGUUUCGGAAGCAGGUGGAAUCGAUGGGUUGUCUUCUUUCAGAUCGAAGGAUCCUCCAAAGGAUGAAAGCAGAUGUGGCCACCAUAUCCUGGUGGUUCUUCAAAACGACCAGAUAUCUACGAGAACCUGCUUCUUCUCUUCCCGCAUCUUGCAAAUGGAAGAGCCAGGAACUGUCUGGAAUGUUUUGGAAGCAAUUGAAAGAGUCAGGAACUGUCCGAAACUUUUCGGAAGCAGAUUGGAUCGAGAGGUAGGCUUCUUUCAGAUUGAAGGAACCUCCAAAGUAUGAAAGCGGAUGGGGCCAUAUCCUGGUGGUCUGUCAAAACAACCAGAUAUCUACGAGAACCUGCUUCUUCUCUUCUCCCAUCUUGCAAAUGGAAGAACCAAGAACUGUCUGGAACGUUUCAGAAGCAAUUGAAACAGUAAAGAACUGUCUGGAACGUUUCGGAAGCAGGUCGGAUUAAGAGAUUGCCUUCUUUCAGAUCAAAUGACCCGCCAAAGAAUGAAAGUGGAUGUGGCCAUAUCCUGGUAGUCCUUCAAAACAACCAGAUAUCUGCGAGAACCUGCUUCUUCUCUUCUUCCAUCAGGAACUGUCCGGAACGUUUCGGUAGCAAUUGGAAGAGCCAGGAAUUGUCUUCAAUGUUUCGGAAGCAGGUCGGAUCGAGAGGUAGGCUUCUUUCAGAUCGAAGGACUGUCCAAAGAAUGAAAGUGGAUGUGGCCAUAUCCUGGUAGUCCUUCAAAACAACCAGACAUCUACGAGAACUUGCUUCUUCUCUUCUUCCAUCAGGAACUGUCCAGAAUGUUUUGGAAGCAGGUCGGAUCGAGAGGUAGCCUUCUUUCAGAUCGAAGGACCUGCCAAAGAAUGAAAGCGGAUGCGGUCACAUCCUGGUGGUCCUUCCAAACGACCAGAUAUCUACGAGAACUUGCUUCUUCUCUUCUUCCAUCAGGAAUUGUCUGGAAUAUUUCGGAAGCAGGUCGGAUCGAGAGGUAGGCUUCUUUCAGAUCGCAGGACCUGCCAAAGAAUGAGAGCGGAUGCGGUCACAUCCUGGCGGUCCUUCCAAACGACCAGAUAUCUACAAGAACCUGCUUCUUCUCUUCUUCCAUCAGGAACUGUCUGGAAUAUUUCGGAAGCAGAUAUCUACGAGAAACCGAUUGUCCCUCUUCUUUUCCCGCAGAAAUUUCUAUUUUGCAAUCUGGAUCACCGUGAAUUUUCCGCAAGCGGGUGAGAGAACGAGGGAGGAAGAGGCGACAGACGGUCGGACAACGGACGGGCGUUUUGCUUUGUUGUUGUGGUGGUUGUUGCAGACGGGAACAGCCGGGUUGCGGAGUGUGGCGAGGCGGCCAUUUUGGACAGGAAGUCGGACAGGAAUUGCACACGGCGAGGGGCGGGCCUUCCCUUUCUUCGCUGCAAAUCAAUCAUUGACCUUUCGGAUGCCAAACGGACCUCCUUUUCUGUUUUUAUUAUGCAAAAAUACGGACCUUUUUACGUUGCGUCUCCCCCGCUAUGAGAUUAGGAUCCUUCUUAUCAACGGCGUCCUUGGGGUCGUGAUUUCGGGGGGACCCGGGAGCCGAAACGUAAUGGGAAUCGUGGGUUUAAUAUUUAAAAAAUGCCUUUUUUUGUUCCUCUCAGGGCUAUCUAUUCGAAACACAGCUGUCUCUGACAAUAAUACGUCAUUUAAGGAAACACUAAGAGCUUUAUAAUGCUUUAUUUGGGAUCUCUUAUAAUACCAUAAAAUAUUCUGAUUUUUUUUUGGAUAAAAAUCAGGAUCCUUUAAAAUGUCUCUGCCUCCUUUUGCUCUCGAAUCAUCCUUCAGUAUUAAAAGGCCAUUUUCUUGGAAGCGAGGGAAACAUAUAGGACAUUUGCACUAUUAAGAGUUUAUUUUUAAUUUCAGAUUUUUAGCAGAUUUCCAUCUAGGAAACCACAGAGACUCCGUCAUCCGGUGCCUUUUUUGGAGGACGAAGCGAGGCAUUGAGGUCAAGGGGAAAAAAAGAGAAAUAAAACCCUCACAAAUGUCA